AUGGAUGGAGAUGAUGAACAAAAUGCAGAGAAUCGUAGCCUGCAGUUGCUCAAAAAUCAAACAGAAGUGCACACAAUUCCUGCGAAGAUGUUCCGUCGAGUGUUGACUAUUGUGCAAGCGCAUUGCAAACUCGGUCUCACUGCCACACUUGUUAGAGAAGACGACAAAAUUACCGAUCUCAACUUCCUCAUCGGCCGAUGUGAUGUUUUUCCACACCUUUCUAAGGCGUCCAGCACAAAACCCUGA